AUGGACGGCAUGCGUUCCUCCGGAGCCCCCGCCGCGGGGCCCGCGGACAACUCCAGCCAGGGCUGGCCCCUGUCAGCCGGUGGUGUCAACGGCAGCGGGGAAGCGGAGGCGCUCGGGGAAGGCGGCAGCCCCCAGGCGGACGCGCGCAACGAGGAGCUGGCCAAGCUGGAGAUCGCCGUGCUGGCUGUGACUUUCGUGGUAGCCGUGCUGGGUAACAGCAGUGUGUUGGUGGCGCUGCACCGCACGCCUCGCAAGACGUCCCGCAUGCACCUCUUCAUCCGCCACCUCAGUCUGGCCGACCUGGCCGUCGCUUUCUUCCAGAUGCUGCCGCAGAUGUGCUGGGACAUCACCUACCGUUUCCGCGGGCCCGACGGGCUGUGCCGCGUAGUGAAGCAUCUGCAGGUGUUCGGCAUGUUCGUGUCGCCCUACAUGCUGGUGGUCAUGACCGCCGACCGUUACAUUGCGGUGUGCCACCCUCUGAAGACGCUGCAGCAGCCGACGCGCCGUUCGCGCCUCAUGAUCGCUGCUGCCUGGGUGCUGAGCUUCGUGCUGAGCACACCGCAGUACUUCGUCUUCUCCAUGGUCGAAGUGAACAACGUCACUAAGGCCAAGGACUGCUGGGCCACCUUCAUCCAGCCCUGGGGUCCCCGCGCCUAUGUGACCUGGAUGACGGGUGGUAUCUUCGUGGCGCCCGUGGUCAUCCUGGGUACCUGCUAUGGCUUCAUCUGCUACCACAUUUGGAGCAACGUCCGCGGAAAGGCGGCUUUGAUCCCCGGAAAGGGCGCCGAGGGCGCGAGUGGCGCUUUGCAUAAGGGGUUCCUGCUCACACCGUGUAUCAGCAGCGUGAAGACUAUUUCCCGCGCCAAGAUCCGCACAGUGAAGAUGACUUUUGUGAUCGUGACAGUUUACAUCGUUUGCUGGGCUCCCUUCUUCAUCCUCCAGAUGUGGUCUGUCUGGGAUGAGAAGUUUGUUUGGAUCGAAUCAGAAAACCCAGCCAUCACCAUCACUGCAUUACUGGCUUCCUUGAAUAGCUGCUGUAAUCCCUGGAUAUACAUGUUUUUUAGCGGCCAUCUCCUGCAAGACUGUGUCCACAGCUUCCCAUGCUGCCAAAACAUGAAGCAAACAUUCAACAAAGAAGAUUCUGACAGUAUGAGCAGAAGACAGACUUCUUAUACUAACAACCGGAGCCCGACAAACAGUAUGGGUACAUGGAAGGACUCGCCUAAAUCUUCCAAGUCUGCCAAAUUCAUUCCAGUUUCAACCUGAGCCCACAUUCAUGCAGCCUGACUCUUGUAGCGGACUUUAGGUCCACUGGCUGAAUCCAGAUAGAAAUCAUGAGAACAAAUGAACUUUUAAGAUAUAAGUGUCAAUAAGUUUGUUGAGUACAAGACUGUUUCUAGUUGCAUUUUCUCAUUGCUAUGACCAGAAGUUAUGAACUCUUUUAUA